CGCGCCCCUAUUGACAUUUGAACGGAGAGGCCGGAGUUCCGAACAGCAGGAGCAGGAAACUCUAUCCAGAGAAGGAAUAGUUAUUGGACAGAAUGGAGGAGAAUGCUAGCAGUGGGCACGAAGUGCUAUCAUACAAGAGGAAAGACAGGUCAAAGUGUUCCUGUUCAGUGGAAGUAAGUAAUGCAGAACCAAAGGAAGCACACUGGACUGACUCAGACUUGCAUCAGGUAAUGGGGCAGGGAAAGCAAGUGAAGGAGAAUGAGGUGUUCCUCCCUGUUUCAGCCUAUCCCAGCUCUUCAACCAUGCAGGCACCACAGGACUCUGCCACACCAGUGCAGAACAGUGGCACGUUCCAACCCCUGCACCAGGGGAAGGACAACAAACAUAGGACAGAUGAGGAGGUACCUCAGUAUGAUGUCACACUGAUGGAAGAAAAGCUUCAACCAAUAGAACAGCAGCUUCAAUAUCUACUGAAGAAGGCAGAGGAAUUCCAGACACACCUGGUCUAUAGCAGAGACAGAAUCCAUAAUGAGGAGUUUGCCAGGGCUGUGCCAAUCUUUGUGAAAACCUGCCAGCCGUACUUUGCCUACCUGGAGUCCACAGCGAGGAGUGUCCAUUCUGACAGGAAACCUCUUCCCACGUAUAUCCAGAAACGGCUUUUGCAGUUCUCUCAACAGCUGGCCUCCAGUCUGGAGCAGCUGGUUCUAAUGUAUGCAUCCUUUGGGUUCAUCUCGCUGGAGGAGACGGACCCCUGCAGCAUCUCCUACUUCUACAGAGGGGAGUUUCGUCUUGGGCAGUGGUUUCGAGUUUCCAUCUAUCGGUACUGUAUGCCAGUCCCAUACACAGUGGCAAAGGAUCCAAGCCUGCUCUUCAAGAAAAUCCGGUGGAAUGUGGACAUUAGUGAAGGGACAGCCUUUGGUGAUACAACAGAACCAUGUACAGAAUAUUACUUCCUGUGCUACAAGGAGGCAAGUGAAGUGAUGGACAACCACCACGCAGGGUCCAAAAGCACAACUACUGGCAAAAGCAGGAGACUGUGGUCCAUAGGUCACUGGGUUCAGGUGGAACCAGCCCCAGGAGAACCAGACCUUCUUUGCUGGUUUCUGUACAAGCAACCACGUGGUGAUUACGAACUCCUUGUCACCAUUGGUUUCGAGGAACCAACCCAGAUUGCUGCAACAGACCUCUUAGUGGACAUUCUGAUGAGCCAGAGGGCUGCUAACCUCUCUGGGAAUGGCCUGCUAAAAGCCAAACUGUUCCCUUACCUGCAGGUCCAGAGUCACCAAGAAUCCUCCACAACUUGCCAGGUGGUUUCAGGUGGGGUCAAUGCAGAAACCUUUACAAGUUGAUUUAGACAUUUCUAGCCCCAACAUUCAUACCCAAUUCUCCCUGGAAAGCGAGUUUGUUUGGGCAAGGGGUGGAAGUAUGCAGAACACGUACAAUUCAGAGUAUCAAAGGAACUGUGCCAAUGUAUUAACUCAUUAAGUAUUAAAUUGUUUCAAAGUGUAAUAUUGUGAUUUAACAGCAAAAUUUCUACAAGCAAUGUGGAUGAAAGUUUGUACAUAGUCCAAUAUGGCUCAGUGUUUCAGGGUAGGAGCCAUGGUUAGUGAGCAAGUUGUUCUGAAACCACCAACUAACAACU